GUCGACUUUUGUCUACGUUCAUAUGUGUUUCGUUCUGUAGUUGUCUAUUUGAUUUGAAUCUAAAUUCAGUAACAUUGAUCAACCGCGUUCAGGGUUUCUCCGGCAAAAAAUAUUUUUGACAAAAUGGGUGUAAAGAAUUUUAUUGUGGAAAAUGGUGUUUACAAAGGAGAAGAGACGCAUCAGUCGAUUAAGUAUAAGAGCCUUGGAGAAUUAAUGUGGGUUAGCAUUACAAGUCAUGAGGACAAAAUUGCACAUUUGGACGCACGCACUGAUGAAACGUUUACAUACGCGGAGUUGCAAGAUAAAGCUGUGAGAUGCGCUUUAUGGUUACAAAAGCAACGAAUCAAAUGUGGCGACGUUAUUAGUGUGUGUACGAGUAAUCACCCCAACUCUAUAGUGCCCUGUGUUGCAGCGGCAUAUGUCAAUGCAAUCUUUAAUCCAUGGAACGAAGAUAUGGACUUACCAACUGCAUUGCACGUUUUGCAACUGACUACGCCGAAGGUAAUUUUCUGCAGCGAGAAAUCUGUGGGUGUCAUUUUAAAAGCGAUGAAAGAGAAAAAUUACAAUCCCAUGGUGGUAAUUUUCGGUAAUCAUGACAGCGCGAUUUCAUUGUCUGAUAUCCUGAGGAAUUGUAACAAUGCGGAAGCUGCAAAUUUCCGAUAUGUUGAGCUUGACGAUGUCAAGAAGACGGCAUGCAUCAUGCAUUCAUCGGGCACGACGGGAAUGCCAAAGGGCGUUGAAUUGUCUAACCAUACUAUGUUACUCAUGAAGGACAAUAGUACCUUGAAUAUGACAAAUGUGCCAACACUUUGGUUCUCAUCUCUUUAUUGGAUCAGCGGAGUAAUGCUGAACGUGAAAGCGAUUUCGCAGGGUGCCACAGUGAUCCUUUAUUCACAAUUCGACGAGGACAUGACUUGCCAAUUAAUUGAAAAAUAUAAAGUAGCAGUUUUGUUUCUUAGCUCGAGUAUGAUAAAUCGAUUUGUCAGAGCAGGUUACGUAAAGAAAUAUUCAUUAAAUUCUUUAAAAGUUAUAUUAGGUGGUGGUGCAAUAAUUAAGCCAAAAGUGCAGGAAGAACUAAGACAUUGUUUACCACACGUUCAGAUAUUACAAGGUUAUGGAAUGACAGAAGUCGGUGGUCUUAUAACAUGUCAAUUACCGAAUCACAAAGACGGAUCUUGUGGGAUAGUAGCUAAGAAUGUACAAAUAAAAAUUGUGAAUCCUGAAAGCGGGAAAGUACUUGAUCCGAAUCAAUCGGGAGAAAUAUGGAUAAAAUCUGCAAGCAUGAUGAAUGGUUAUUAUAGGAAUCCUGAGGCAACAAAAAGUACAAUUGAUGAAGAAGGGUGGCUGCAUACAGGUGAUAUCGGUUAUAUUGAUGAAGAUGGAGAAUUGUUCAUUAUUGAUAGAAUAAAGGAACUCAUAAAGUAUAGAGGAUAUCAGAUCUCACCCGGAGAAAUCGAGGGUGUCUUAAUAUCACAUCCAGCAGUAUUAGAAGUUGCAGUAAUAUCGAUACCUCAUGCAACAGAUGACGAACAUCCUCUUGCAUAUAUUACCAAAAAGCCUGGCGCCAAGUUGGAUGUACGCACUGAAGAGACGGUCACAUACGCGGAGUUGCAAGAUAAAGUUGUGAGAUGCGCUUUGUGGCUACAAAAACAAGGAAUCAAAUCUAAUGAUGUCAUCAGUGUGUGUACGGGCAAUCAUUGUAAUUCCAUCGUGCCCUGUCUUUCAGCAAUUUAUACCAACAUGAUUUUCAAUCCAUGGGACGAGAACAUGAAUCUAAAAACUGCGCUGCAUGUUUUGCGAAUGAUCAUGCCGAAGGUGAUCUUCUGCAGCGAGAAAUCAAUAGAUGUCAUCUUGAGCGCGAUAAAGGAGCAGAAUUGCAGUCCCACGAUAGUAGUUUUUGGCAAGCAUGUUGAUGCGAUUUCGUUCUCCGAUAUUUUGAGUAAUUGCAGCAAUGUAGAAAUAGCAAAUUUCCAUUAUGUCGACCACGUUGACAUCACGAAGACGGCAUGUAUUUUACAUUCGUCAGGCACUUCAGGGAUGCCAAAAGGCGUUGAAUUGUCCAAUCGCGUUCUGUUAUGUAUCUGUCAGAAUAAAAGUAUUAACUCGACUAAUGAGAUAUUCCUUUGGUUUUCUUCUCUUUAUUGGGUGACUGGGAUAUUCCUGAAUUUGAUUACAAUUGAGCAAGGACGCAAAGUGAUCAUCUGCCCUGAAUUUAACGAGGAGAUGACUUGUCAACUGAUCGAGAAAUAUCAAGUAGAAUUUCUUUUUUUAAGCACAAGUUUACUGAAUCGGUUUCUCAAAGCGAGUUGUAUAAAGAAAUAUUCUUUAUCAUCUUUGAAAGUUAUAAUAUACGGUGGUGCAAUUAUGAAUAAAAAAGUGCAGGAAAAAUUGAAAUAUAUUUUACCACGCAUCCAAAUAUUGCAAGGUUAUGGAAUGACAGAAACCGGUGGUCCUAUAACAUGGCCGCAAUCACAGCAUAAGAAUGGAUCUAAUGGAGUCGUAGCCAAGAAUACGCAAAUAAAAAUCGUGGAUCCUGAAAACGGGAAAAUAUUUGAAUCAAAUCAACCGGGGGAAAUAUGGGUAAAAUCUGCAACCAUUAUGACUGGUUAUUAUAAAAAUCCUGAAGCGACAAAAAGUACGAUAGAUGAAGAGGACGCAUGCACCGAAGAAACAAUCACAUACGCGGAACUGCAAGAUAAAGUUGUGAGAUGUGCCUUGUGGUUUCAAAAACAAGGAAUUAAAUCCGGUGACGUUAUUAGCCUGUGCACAGGCAAUCAUCUCAACUCCAUCGUACCUUGUCUUUCAGCAGCUUAUAUUAACGCAAUCUUCAAUCCGUGGAAUGAAAACAUGGACUUGCACACUGCGCUACACGUUUUACGAUUGACCACGCCAAAAGUGAUCUUCUGCAGUGAGAAAGCAGUGGAUGUUAUUUUGAGCGCGAUAAAAGAAGAGAAAUGCAAUCCCACGAUAGUGAUUUUUGGCAAGCAUGUCGAUGUAAUUUCGUUCUUCGAUAUUCUGAGAAAUUGCAAUGAUGUAGAAGUAGCAAAUUUUCGUUACAUUGAGCUCGACGAUAUAAAAAAGACAGCGUGCAUUUUGCAUUCGUCGGGCACUACAGGGAUGCCGAAAGGUGUCGAACUAUCCAAUUAUGCACUAUUAAUCACUUAUAAAAAUAUUUUGGAUGUGGCUAACACGACAUUACUUUGGUUUUCUUCUCUUUAUUGGAUAACUGGGACAAUACUGAACUUGAAUAUGAUCAUGCAAGGCAGCUUAGCGAUCCUCUAUCCAGAAUUUAACGAGGAGAUUACUUGUCGAUUAAUUGAAAAAUACAAAGUAUCAUUUAUUUUUCUUAGCACAAGCAUGAUCAAUCGAUUUCUUAAAGCGGGUUAUGUAAAAAAAUAUUUUUUAUCAUCUUUAAAAAUUAUAUUGAGCGGUGGUGCAAUAAUUAAGCCGAAAGUACAGGAAGAAUUGAGAUGUAUUUUACCACAUGUCGACAUAUUGCACACUUAUGGAAUGACGGAAGUCAGUUUUAUAACAUGUCAAUUAUCGAGUCACAAAAACGGAUCUUGCGGUGUGGUAAUCGAGAAUGUGCAAAUGAAGAUCAUAGAUCCCGAAAACGGAAAAAUUCUUGGUCCGAAUCAAUCAGGAGAAAUAUGGGUAAAAUCUAUAACUAUGAUGAAUGGUUAUUAUAGAAAUCCUGAGGCAACAAAAUAUACGAUUGAUGAGGAAGGAUGGUUGCACACGGGUGAUAUCGGUUGUAUAGACGAAGAUGGAGAAUUGUUCAUUACCGGCAGAAUAAAAGAACUUAUAAAGUACAGAGGAUAUCAGAUCUGUUCUGCAGAAAUUGAGAAUAUGUUAACAUUACAUCCAGCAGUGCUAGAGGCUGCAAUUAUUGGAGUACCUCAUGCAUUAGACGAUGAGCAUCCUCUUGCUUAUGUUAUCAAGAGACCUGGUGCCAAGGUGACAGAACAGGAAUUGAUAGAUUUUGUGGCGAGGAACAUGAUGGAUCACUACAAACUACGUGCAGGAGUUAUAUUUCUGGACAAUUUUCCAUAUACGGGUUCAGGAAAAAUUUCAAAAAAAGAUUUGAAAGAAAUGAUUAAAAAAUGAUAAAGUGCAUUGAUUAAUAACGUAAUUAUAUUUUUUUACACAUAAUAAUGUGUAAAUAUAUUUUAUAAAUAUAUAUAAUCUUAUUAUUUCAGAAUGAAAGAUAUUAAAAAUAUGUAUCUUUACACAUUUUUAUUACAUGUCUCUAUUUGAUUUUUA